AUGUCAGUGAUUAUACGAAUGAAGAAUUUGCCGAUUACGGCAGGGUCUUCGGAUGUCCGUACGUUUUUCUCGGGUCUGAAAAUCCCCGACGGUGCAGUACAUAUUAUCGGUGGAGAGGAGGGUGAAGUAUUUGUCGGAUUUGCCUCGGACGAAGACGCAAGAAUAGCGAUGACGAGACACGGACAGAGAAUUCAUGGCGCUGAGGUUUGUUUGGGGUUUCAAGAAAAACAAACGGUCAAAUCUUUUCUAAAACUUGUCGGCGGUAAUAGCCUGUGUCCAGACUUCCUGAACUUUAUCAUCAUGGAUCGCAUCUAAUUUGUUACUUGUACUCUUGUCAAGUGGGUGUUUGUCUGUUUGGGGUAAACAGCAGCAAGAUUCUUGUUUAAGAGGGGCAGCCCGUCGAAUAUGGUCGCGCCAGACGCUCCGGUAUACAAAUGGCCUGGAAAGAGAAAAUUGAGAGGGUUACGACGUUCCUGCUGUGUUCAGGGCUAUACAGAUAAAGACGUCUUUUUCCCUGUUUCUCCUUCAUCUGGAAAUCUCAAAUAUUGCCUUAAAAGCGAUAUAUCCUGCAGUAGAUCAGCACAUCUUCUGAUAAUAUUGAACUGAACAUCACAAAUGAAGCCUAUGAGGCGGACGGUCUGCAUUGGAGUUAUGAGCUCAGAGCAAAAACAGCAUUUCAUCAUCGAAUGUGUUAGACUAUUUCCGAUCUCCAGAAUAUCAGUCUGUCUUGUUUAGUACGGCUGCCUUACCACCUUGACAUGGGCCCUGGAACAUAACUGCACUUGCGGUCUGCACAUUUUUACUUCUUCAAGCACUUCGCCUUCCUGAACCCUGCUUCCCUAAUAGAUAUGUUUCAUUUGUUCUGACACAAUGCGUUCAAAUGCGGGCAUAUUUAGAAACAUUAAGGUGUAAAUGUUAUUUCGAAUGAUCAUGCUUUCAGAUGGAUUGUGGAAACGUUUCGUGUCCACAUGUUUUACAGUGAACAUUAACAUCUCUCAAAGCUGAUGACUUUCAAACAAAACACCUCUAUUCGUUCGCUUAGUCUGUUUUCACAUCAGUGCCUUCUCGUUCUCUGCAAAUAAGAACUGACCCCAUACAUUAUUUCGUGUACGAGUAUCCGGUCGAACAAAGGACACGUAUGUCAUUCCCUUCUGCUGCCAGCAUCUCACUUCUGAACUAGUUGGGGUAAAGAUCUUGCUUGGUACAAAAACGGAACAGUACGUCAAACAUAAGCUAUUAAAAUGGAUUAUUAGAAAAUUCUGAAUGGCUAGCUUCCACUACAAAGUUGAUUACCACAUUCAAAGUUUUAAUUUUCUGUUAAAAAAGCAGUAUGAUUUCUCCACCUUUUCCUGGCCGAGAAUAUGGAAAUAGGAAGAAUCUGACAAUUCCUAUGGUGAACGAUUUAUGCAGUUCAAAAUGCGAUCUGUUUGCGCUCCGGACCUCUCGAGAAAAUCGUGUCUGAAACUUCAUUUCUAAAUGCUAAACUGGUACACGGGAACGUAAUACUACUUGUUUGUGCGCAAACAUUUGCGUAAAAUCAGGUUUCAGAUGUGGCUUUCUCAAAAAUGAGAGCUUCUGAGCAAAAAUAUAAGAACACAAUCGGAAUCCAUAAGAUCGUUGAACCGACGUAGAUCACAUCGAAACAUCAAUUUUUCUGCGGAUUAAUCCGAAUUUCUGAAAUAUCAAGUGUGGAGUGAGAUUCGGCAAGACGCUAUCAUCAAUUUAUCUCUUCUGGCCUUUGCUGAUCGUGCGUGGAGCUCGAAAUAUGCGGCAUAUUUUAUGCCACGCCCCUUUCAAGCUGACAGAAUGGAACUCGCGGCACACAAUUGUUCAACACAAAUUGAGGAAAAAUGUCGGGAAGCGUGCCAAGGCAUGCGUCUGCGUCUUUAAUUUUCAGCACGCUGAUUAGCAUUCCAACAGGAGGGAUUAACCAAUCAGCAAGCUAAAAAUUCAAGGCGCAUACAAGUGCAGGAUGGCACUCGCUCGCCUUGUCGCUAAGUUUUUCUCUGUCAACCUGAAAGAGCCUUUUUCGAAAAGCAAAAAGAAAGAAAAUAGAGUUCCAAUUUUGGCUGCCUUUCCAAAAAUAACUGUUUUCUCAAAAUUAAUUUUUACUCGGGCUAUGGCGAACAUUUGUGAGCAUACUGAUUCGAUUUUGUAUCCCUCGUCUCGGCGUCCUAGUUCCCAAUCAUCUCCAAACCACGGGCGGGAUAAUUUGUUUUCAUGUUUACAAAUUUCGUCGUGCUGCUCAAUCUUGUCUUGUCGAUCUCUAAAUGGUCUCUAAAUUUUCUGCGAAAGUGUUCGUAUCCCACAAGACUGCAUGCAUUGGGAAAGGAAAACAAGCUAUUUAGUGAAGAUCGGAUUUGUUUUGCUCGUGUCCAGAAGGCUGUUUCCUUGACGUUCUCCUUUUCAGAUCCGUCUCUUGCUCUCCUCAAAAUCGGAGCAAAAUGCCAUAAUUGCUGCUCGCAAAAAAGGCGAAUUCGGCUCUCCGAAGCCUCUUCAAGACGAAUUCGUUCCGUCGGCUCCUCCUCAACAGCAGAAUUGGGUUCAGCCGCCCGGAGGAAAUCCGUACGCAGCCAGACCUGGCUACGAAGCAUCUUAUCCGCCACAAAACUCCAACGCUCAGAAGCCGCGUCCGGAUUACAAUUCUCAGAAAAACUACGGUCACCGUUCAAGCGCUCCACAGGUAGACUCGGAAUCAUCGGAGAACUGAAGUUUCAGAUAAAACAUUUCAGCAGUUACACGUGUCAUCCACUACGAGAGAUGAACCAGAAGAUGAGUACGAUUCGUAUGGAUACAAGAGCCAGUACAAGGAGCCUCCAGUCAACCGAUUUGCUCCGCCCCCUCUGAGAGCUCCUGAACCAUCGAAGGCUUCUCCCAAUGCUCUGAACGCACCACCGACGCACCAACGCCCGUCAUUGAAUUCUCAACUUUCCCCGAAUAACAAGUACGGCGGAUACAAAGGUGGAAAUAAUAAUGGACCGGAAAGGAAUCAGGGAAUGAACGGAAGAGUGCAACAGGGCGGAGAUUCGUGGAGAGAGUCCAAUUAUUCACAGUAAGAUUCUCAGAAUUUGAGCAAAUUGGGCUUUCUGAAUUAUGAAAAAAUCAGGGCUGGGCAAUUUCACGGCACCUGGACCUUUGAACCACUUCCGAUCGGACCCAAGCUUGCAGGCUUUUUGAACAUGGGUUGAAGCAUACUGGGACCAAGUUUCAGCCCGAUCGGAUCAUCUGGUCCAGAGAUAUGUGGAUCGUUGACCGACAUUGGCCGGAAGCCCGGGCCUUUUGGAAAAAAUCGGCCAAUGAUCCACAUAUCUCGGGACCCGACGAUCCGAUCGGGCUGAAUCUUGGUCCUAAUGGUUCUCAAUCCAAGUGCAGAAAUCCUGCAAAGUUUGGGUCCAAUCGGAAUAUUGCAAGUGGUUCAGAAGUCCAGAUCAAGACUCGGCCAACGAAAAGCCCCCUGGAAAAAAUACAUGUUCAGAUUAUCAAAUUUUCAGAGCGCCGAAAAGUGACUUUGAAGUCAACAAGUUCAACCACCCAAAUGGACCUGCUUUGGAUGGCCCACACGGAAGAAAGACUCUGAUGUCCAAUCCGAACGGUCCCUAUCAGCCAACUCCCAAUACUGCUCCGUUUUCCACGAACACUUCGCACAACAGCGGAGCACACGGAAGGCCACCUUUCCAGAACGGACCGCCAGCGCGUAACGGACCAGCUCCGUUCCAAAACGGACCACCUCAGCUGCCGUCUCGAAAUGGACCUGCUCCAUUCCAGAAUGAGCCGCCCAUGAACCGUCCACUCAUGCCUCCGCCGGCCAUCAAUCGAGGAAUGAAUCAGCCGCCGAUGUACCACAAUCUGCCCUCGAUGGCCGCUCUUCCUUCUAUAAACAAGCCAGUCAUUCCGUCAGUUGCUCCUGCCGCGGGCGGAGAGAAGUUCUACAUUGAACUGACGAGACUUCCGAAUGAUUUGCUCCGUCCAGCCGCUCUUGAAGCAUUUAUAAAUCCGAGCACUCCGCUGACUCUUUCUUCCGUCAAAACCGUCUUUGGCCCCGGAGGAAUUCAUAUACAAACUAUCAUCCGUCUCGAUUCGAUAGCCGAUUAUGCUAAGAUGAUGAGAAGAAACGGCGAACAGCUCAUCAAGAUUCGUCAGUCCGACAAAAAAGCGUUCGACACCGCCGAUGAUGGAGCACCAGUGCCCGCACUUGAUCGCGCAGCAGUUCCGCAGUCGCUCAAAGAUGAUGACGGUCCGAGACGAAAAAGCCGUUGGGGGGACAAGAGCCCUCAGAAGGAGAAUCCGAGACGAGGCGAGCGUGAUCGAUCGAGAAGUCCGAUCAGAAAGAGGAGACGUUCGAGGAGUCCGCGCCGCCGAGAAGAGCACACUGAUCCGACGAGAUGGUGCAUUCAGGUGACAAAUGUGCCGUUUCGAAUGAAAGACGAGGAGCUCUUCGAGUGGUUCGCUGAGAAAGUCCGUCCGGCAAAGCUGUCCCGCACCUAUUACUCCGACGGAAACGCUUCUGAUCGCUGGGUGGCCGAGUUUUCAAGCGAGAGUCUCAUGCGUCGUGCCUUCUCCAUCAGAUCUCUCUGCCAGGGAAGAACGCUAAAAAUGAGCUACAUCGACAAUGAGAAAGCCGACGAAAUUAUGAAAAUAGAAGAUGUAUACGGUGCUGAAAAGAGGCAGCUGAACGAAGAAGCGAGAGUGAGUGGACUAGACAAAUCUGCAGAUGAAUCAACUCUUUUUGUUUUCAGAUUGCCCAGGAACAAGCGGAGAAGGCUAAUCCGCCGUCGUUCUUCAACACGCCGUCAGUGGUUCCGCGUGCUCCGAACAGUCUGCCGCCUCCUUCGAACGGAAUGAACGGAUUGCCACCGUCGGUUAAUCAACCGAACGGGCCACAAGUGCCGCCUCCGAUGCGUGGAGGAUUCGUGCCGCGUGGAAACGGCGCAUUCCCGCCGAGAGGAGGGAUGCUGAACGGGCCUCCGCCGAACGGACGAGGAGUCGGAGCACCGAUGCCGUUCUAUCAAAACGCGCCAUCCAACGGACCGAAGGCAUUCAAUAAUGCUCCUCCACAACCACAAGGACGAGAUAUGUAUCGAGGAGGAUUCCAAGGAUCCGGAGGGUACAGAGGUGGUCGGGGAGGGGGUGGGCGCGGAGGUUACGUCGGGCAAGGAGGUUAUCGGGAAGACUUUCCGCCAACGAAGAACGAGUUCCGUGAACUCGUACAGUCGAUAGGACCACGUGGAACUGUGCUCUCGUGCACCGGAUUUCCGAGAGAUAUCACUCUUGAGGAAGUGGUGCGUCACCCCGAUUAUUGGGAAGAAUUCAGACAGAACUUUAUGUUUUCAGUGUGAUUUCUUCGGUCGCUACGAUCCGGACCGUAACUCGAUCAGAAUUCGACGUGGCGAGGACGGAGUGAUGACUGGAGAGUGCAUGCUCGCCUGCUUCAAUGCCGACGUAAGUACCGUAUUAGUUUUGACGGUAUCUAUCUCUCGUUUCAUUACAGGACGCCCUACAAGCCUCCCUCGACCUCGACGGCCACAGCUUCCGCAACUCGAUGAUCUCGGUGCAAGUUCUACAGUAG